CCACGAUGGAGGCUGCUCACUCAUGGUCGUAACUCCACCACCACCAACGCAGCGAAGGAGCAAACAUAACGUUAACACCAUACAACACCGACACCGCUGCCAGCCUUCCUCCCAAGCCAAUCCCUAUCUUGCUGUCCUAUCGCAGUUUGCACGUGUGCAGGCACAAUGUCUGCGGAGGGUGCCCAGCUUGGCCUGCACGAGUGGGUGUGCGUGGUGCAGCACCUAGUGUCGUCAUCAACGUCGCCAUCACCGGCAGCAGCAGCAGCAGCAGCAGCAUCGUCAUCGUCACUGCCGUCGGCAGCCCGCCCGCCUCGGGGACGGCGCGAUCACCGCGACCAGAGCAUCCCUUUUUCCCAUGCGCUCCACGCCGAUGAGCACAAGAAGGACGAGGCUGCGGUGGACGCCGCCGUGGGCGCCAGGGCCGUGUUCAACCUCAUGCUCACGUGCCGCUCCCUGUACACAGACCUGCCGUGGCUCAUGCCAAAGUGGUGCCUGGCCUCUGUCAUGAGCCGCACCCACCUCUCCAACGAGUGGCUGGACACCUUUCAACUGAGUGAAGACGAAGGGGAGGAUGACAGUGACGUGGAUGAGGCAGGGAAGGAUGAAAGCGAAGAAGACGGGGUGGCGAUCGACGGCCAAGGCGUGAAGAAGGAGCCAAAUCAGCACGAGCACGAAGAAGAACAGCAACAAGUUGAGAGUGACGAAGAAGCGCACCAAGAUGGCGCAAAAGAAGAAGAAGAAGAAGAAGAAGAAAAGAAGAAGCUGCAGCAACAGCAAGGAAAGCGGCGUGCACGAUCGCAGCAGCAGCAGCAGCAGCAGCAGCAGCAGCACAAGACAGCCCGCCCACAAGCACGGCAACACAGCAACCGUACGCGCAUGCUAGGCAGCACACGCAAGACCAAGGGUAGGAAGAGCAAGGCGUGUGUGCAACACGACCAGGCUUUCAACAUGGAAGCGUGGCUGGACGACAGGUUCCUGGUGUAUUCGUGGCUGGGCAUGACAUGGAGCAGCAACUGCGAGUUUGCGAGGUCGCGCGCCCUUCAUCCACCAUCGCCAGCCUUUCGCAGGCGCUUUGCCAGUUGUGUGCGCAUCAACUUCUGCAACUUCCGUGCCCUCAACAACUGGCAGCUUGCCCCCAAGCGUGCACAUGAGUCAGCAGCAACAACAACAGCAACGGCAGCAGUGGAGAGGAUGGUAACAAGGUGGACCCAGGGGUCAGAAGCAGAGACGCCGCAAGCAAUCUUGAACCAUGGCAUUGUUGACGACAGUGGUGGUGAUGAUGGCGAUGAUGGUGAUGAUGAUGAUGACGGUGGUGGUGAUGCCAACUCAACCACACCUCAUUCAUCAUCGACAUCGACAGCAGCAACGACAGCAACAGCAGCAACGACAGCGACAGUAACAGCAACAAUAGCAGAAACAGCAGAAACAACAGCAGCAACAACAGCAACAACAACAGCAGCAGCACCAACAGCAGCACCAAUGGCGACGGCACGAGACGAGCAGCCACUGCUUGCUCCGGCACUGAUUUGCGUCUCAGCGAGUGUCAGAAGCCAAGACGAGGCUGCCAGGCUCAUGGCUUUGGUGGAGGCGUUCCAAUGCCACGGCACCAUCCUCGCCUCCCUGUAUGUGCACGUGGACGAGCGAUUGGCAGAGUUCCACGUUCGCAACGCCCACCUCGUGCACAUCUUGGGCAUGGACGCGAUCGCCACCAUUGAGCUGAGCAACGUCGACACGGUUGUCUGGCAGCUGGCACGGGACCAGGAAAGCAUUGAGGGCGCAUUUAGCAACGUGCGCUGUGUCACGCUUCAUGGGGGCUGGUCCAAUUUGCGGGAUGUUAGCGUGCUUGCUGAUGUGCCCAUUGUGAAUCUGCGGUGGCUGCGGCACCUGCGCAGUCUCUCUGCGCUCCAGAACGCACAGAGUGUCACGCUGUGUCGUGUUGUCUUCACGGACAUCGCGCCCUUACGCAACGUGCAGCAGCUCGACCUCUCGCGCUGCUUUGCAUUCACUGCGGAGGACCUCACCCUCAACUGCGCGCACGUGUCGUUCUCGGAGAUGCCCAACAUCAGCGGCACGCUCCACCUCCCGCGCGCCACGCAUGUUCACAUUGCCAAUUGUCGACGCAUCACGCACGUGGCGUGUGCACGCGGGGACUUGGCGUUCUUCUCCAUCGAAAACUGUCGACAGCUGGCACAUCUGCCGCCCUUCAACCACGCCCACGUGCUCAGUGUGGACGUGCUACCAGACAUUGACCAGGACUUGCCGCGGCUCGCCCAGCGCGUGGAUGCGUUUGAGCUGUGCGGGCCCGUUGGCGGCGCGUUUUUGCCUGCAGGCACGAUCGUCGCCGAUUCACCCAUCGCACAGCAAGGUCAAGAAGAGCAUGAGCAAGGGGCAGGAGGCGAAGGCAGCGGUGCGGACGUGCUGGAACAAGGUGGUGGAGGUGAUGAUGAUGAUGGUGAUGAUGCUGCUGGUGAAGACGCUGCUGUUGCUCACAACACCGACCACAACAACAACGAUGAUGUGGGCGCGCGAAUCCUUGCAUGCACAAUCGCCCUGCACGUGCAUCCACGAAGCCGGUUCAACGCGCAGUUCCUCACGCGGAACACAACACCGCGCCUCCGCUCGCUGUCCUUGACAAGCUGCUUCAGCCUGACGGGCCUUGCCAGCGUGAGUCACGUGCACAGCCUGUUCCUGUUGUUCUGUACGCUCGGCGACGACAUUGCGUCAUGCCCGUUUGUGGACCUGUACGGGUGCGACGGUGAGCUGACGGUGGAUGGAUCAUCCCUCCUGCAACUCAACGGCGCCACCAUGCCACGCCUCCACGCACGCAACGUGGCCUGCAUGAAGCUGUCACGGCUGCAAGGGACGGAGAGCAUGCAGCUGCAGAGCACAUGCAACGUGCGCACGUGCGUGGUGAAAGACUGUCUCAUUCGCGACUUUGCUCCCUUCUCCGGCGUGGACCGCCUGUUUCUGCACCAGUGCGUGUUUGACGCGAGUGCAGUGUCAACGUUACCACGCGUGUCCACGCUCCAUGUGAGCGCGUGCAUGCGCAGUUUUGUGUCACGGGAGCCCUGGCCCAACACCACCCUGAUUGGACGCACGCAAGAACACCUGCUACGCACAUUGCUCACGUCUACAGACACAUAGCCGGCAUGUGGGGGUGGUGGUGUGUGUGUGUGUAUGGGUGUGUGUGUUAUGUUGUGUGUGCGUGUGCGUGUGUGUGCGUGCGUGUGUGUGUCUGUGUGUGUGUCUGUGUUUGUGUUAGCCGCACCCCAAGCAAUUUCAGAGAUGAGCCUUACUGUUGACGUUGAUCGGAAAUGUUUUUGAUGUUGCUGUUGCCAAGAACAGGUCAAACUCUCGUGUACAAGACUGAGAACAGCGCA